AUGCAGAGCCUUUCGGUAUUGCUUACGGUCUUUUCGGCUGCAUUGGGCGCUGUUGCCAUCCCGCUACCAGGACUUGACGGAAAGUAUACUCUCACUGCUGGAGGUAUUCGAGCUCAGGUAGUCCCUUCUGCGCUGUUAACCGAAUGGAGGCUGACAGAGGUUGUGGCAGUUCAUCCCACAUGCAGCGGCGAUCACGAACCUCUUUGUGAAGGAUAAAGAUGGAGUUGAGAGGGAUAUCGUGGUUGGAUUUGACAAUCCUUCAGACUACGGUAGCCCUAUUGACAUUCUCUCAAUGGAAGCAUAUCUAACGCAAGCCUAGUGGCAAACGCACCCGGACACUUUGGCGCUGUCCCUGGGCGAUACACGGGUCGUAUUGGGAAUGCUCAGUACACUAUGGACGGUGUUACCUAUAACUUGGAGAAGAAUGACGGAAACAAUACCCUCCACUCCGGGACCAAUGGAUGGGGAUACAGAAAAUUCGAUGUCGUCGACCUCAGCGAGAAUUCCAUCACUUUUUCUAUCCACGAUGCUAGCAAUUCCUCGAUCGGAAUGCCUGGAGACGUGGAUGGCUAUAUCACUUACACGCUCUCGGAAAAGACUUGGAAAGUGAAGAUGACUGCGACAGCUCCACAGCACAUGACACGUACGGCAUGUAGCUUCUAUCCGUAUCGCCAAGCGCUGACUCUCUGCCAUAGCAUUGAUGCUGACCCAGCACACUUACUGGAACCUCGACGCCUUCAGCAACCCAGACACAGACCUGAUACUCAAUCACACAUAUCACAUGCCAUUUUCCAAUCGCCUCCUAGAGCCAGAUCCAAACACGCUUCCGACCGGAAAAAUUGUCGGCAUUCCGGCCGGUGAUAUCAAUGACUUUUGGUCCGCCCCCAAACUUCUCGGCGCGGAUAGCAAGAGCCCACUCUGGAAAGGGAAUUGCGGAACGGCGAGCGGCUGCGAGGGAUAUAACCAUUGCUGGGUCGUCGACAAGCCGAAAUCAGACUGUGCCGAUCCGGUGGCGACUCUAAGCAGCGAUUGGAGCGGAAUCAAGGUUGAUAUCCACACGGAUGAGGUAGGAAUGCAGGCUUAUUCUUGUUAUUGGUCGGGAGGUAUGCCAUGAUUCUCUAUUUCCCCCUUCCCGUAAUUUGGCAGCGUGAUUUAUCGAAAUAGGUGAUAUGCCCAUCAAGAAGACCCAGGGGGGCCCCGGAGCGGCGACAAACGGGUUCGUGAAAUCUAGCGGGUGUAUCGCGCUUGAACCGCAGGAUUGGGUCGAUGGUAUCAAUCAGUGUGUCAACCCCUUCCCCCCCCCCUUUUGGCACGUCACCCGGUGCUAACUUGAUGGGAUAGUCCGGAAUGGGGAAGAAAACAGUUUUACGGGCCUGGGGAGACGUACACGUGGGAGGCGACCUAUAGAUUUAGCACUCUUUAGGAGCCAUUUCGCUUCUGGGAGGAAUAAAAUAGCUGAAGUGCCGACCCGCAAUAUCAUGGGAAAGAUUUGGUACUUCGAGUGA